AUGGCGCGCGCCCGCCGCAACGCAGCUGCGCUGCUGCUCGUGGCCCUGGCCGCCGCGGCCGUGCGCGACUGCAGCGGGCAGCGGCUGAGGAACGCCCUCAGGACGGCCAACCCCCUGCUGCCCCAGCUGCCGCAGCUGCCGCAGCUGCCGCAGCUGCCACAGCUGCCACAGCUGCCCCUCCAGCUGCCCAACCAGCUGCCCCAGAUCGCGCUGCCCCAGAUUCAGCUGCCUCAAAUCCAGCUGCUGCCCCAAAUCCAGAUACCGGCCACCCCUGGGGCUGUGUUUGGCAACUUUUUCUCUGACGUGUACAAGGGCAUGACCAAGCAGGAGGGCAAACCCAACGCCACAUUCAGCUACGAGCGGACACUUCGGCGCAAUGAGCCGCACUGA